AUGGCGCUGUGGCGAAAGAUGGGACGCCGAGGAAGAGGAGGGUCGCGUGAUCUUCGGAUCCGUCACUCAGAACAUGCUGCAAUCUUUACCGGCGUCCUGCCGGCGGGAGGGGCGGUGGAGCGACCCGGAAUUCCGGGCUGUGCGCGCCUCCACAUCCGGGCAUUCCUCAAGGCCAGCCCACGCCACCCUCUCUGUCCUCUCGCAAUAGGAACCGGAAGUGGGGACCGGUAUCCUUGUAGCCGCUUAGCAACGCGAGAGGGUCAAGUGACUCCAUCAGCUGACUCCAGAGGAGGAAGGCGCUGUGGUAACCAGUUCUGGAGGUGUUGCAGUCACGAUUGCCCGGCUGGGGGCCCGAGCCGAACUGUCACCGUCAGAAUGUCGGGCAAAGACCGGAUUGAAAUCUUCCCUUCGCGAAUGGCUCAGACCAUCAUGAAGGCUCGAUUAAAAGGAGCACAGACAGGCCGGAACCUCUUGAAGAAAAAAUCUGAUGCCUUAACUCUUCGAUUUCGACAGAUCCUGAAGAAGAUAAUAGAGACUAAGAUGCUGAUGGGUGAAGUGAUGAGAGAAGCUGCCUUUUCAUUGGCUGAGGCCAAGUUCACAGCAGGAGAUUUCAGCACCACAGUUAUCCAAAAUGUAAACAAAGCACAAGUGAAGAUCCGCGCCAAGAAAGAUAACGUGGCAGGCGUUACCUUACCAGUGUUUGAGCAUUACCACGAAGGAACUGACAGCUAUGAGCUGACUGGCUUAGCCCGCGGUGGGGAACAGCUGGCUAAACUAAAGAGGAAUUAUGCCAAAGCAGUGGAACUACUGGUGGAACUAGCUUCGCUGCAGACUUCCUUUGUUACUCUGGAUGAAGCCAUUAAGAUAACCAACAGGCGUGUAAAUGCCAUCGAACAUGUUAUCAUUCCCCGGAUUGAACGCACCCUUGCCUAUAUCAUCACAGAGCUGGAUGAGAGAGAGCGAGAAGAGUUCUAUAGGUUAAAGAAAAUACAGGAGAAGAAAAAGAUUAUCAAGGAAAAAUUCGAGAAGGAGUUGGAGCAGCGGAGGGCAGCUGGAGAAGUGAUGGAGCCUGCCAACCUGCUGGCCGAGGAGAAGGACGAGGACCUGCUGUUCGAGUAGCGGCCCCUUCGCUCCCAGGCCCAGCACCCGCUCCAUCUUAACUCAGAGUGUAGAUUCAGUAUGUGUGGGUAUUUAUUUUGGCAUAAGAAUUCCCCUGGCUGUAAGAUUAAGGAUGCCCCGUGAGACUAUUUCUCCUGCAUCCUAAUUCAGCAACCACUUAUCACAGUUGAAUGAGACUUGUAAAAAUUGCCCAGCAACUUACAUACUUUCUUCUGUGAAAGUGUCAUACGAUCCUCUGUACAGUAGCUUCACUGGUUCAUACAAACAUUCAUGGUCUCGGCCAACGGCUGUGAGCAGCCCUCGCUCCUACCCACUUGCAAACCUUGACACUGCUGGCUGAGGCUGCGCAGCCACCAUUGUGUUAUUGUGGUGUCCUCAGCUCUACGCCUACUUUUCUUUGCACGAUAAGUCUGUCUGUAAUGGAAGCAGUUCUGCCCAUUUAAAUGUGACUUAUGAACAGAGUAAAAUGAUUUAAAAACA